AUGACAAAAAUGUCAGAACAAAAGGAGAAGGGGCCGGAGUCUAAUAGCUGGACAAAGCUGACUGCCUUCCUGGCCGGUCUAGCCUUGUACCAGCUGGCCCACAUGGCCAUUUCUGCAGGAAACUUUUCGGUAGAAAGAUUUGGCAUAUCGAGGACAUACGUCAGCCUUUAUCUCACCAGAAUGAUUAUACCGUAUAGAAUCUGCUCACUACUAGGGGUUGCGGUCUUGACCAUUUAUGAUCAGUUUGGUGGUACUGGUAUUAACCGGAUAGCAAUUGGACUAUUUUGGGGUGUUGUGGGCUGCUACACAACCUUGUUGCUCACUUAUUAUUCCGGGGGUGAACAUGGACAUCUCACUUUCUACUACUGGAUGGUCAUAUUGACUUCAGCUAUCGUCGGUGCAGCUUUUGUCGGAAUAGUCAAGGCUUUAGGAGAUGAUAUAACCUUUUUUAUGGCUGCCUUACCAAUAUCUGGUAUUCUAGUCUCUUCCUAUCACAUUGCAUUCCUGGUGCUAUCGAGAUACAUUGGAGUUUCGAACACAUACUUUUGGCUAGUUAUCGUCCAAAUGUGCUGUGCCAUCUUCCUCAUGACCGUAACUUCCGUUCUGGUUACCAUUUAUUAUAAUACAGCUGAUGAGGAGGUUCCAGCAGCUGACUUAUCUGACCAGGUUCCUGACACAGAGUCUGAGACUAAGAUUCUCCUACAAGGUACUCCAGUGGCUCAAAUGGCUGAGGAUGUACCUACUGGUACUGUUCUAUCUCCCAUUCUAAUGGGUGUAAUUGGAUUUGGUAUUCAGAACAUGUUCUAUCCCUCCAUAGCCCCGUACAAGCUGAUUGGAAUGAAACUAGGGUACACGAUUGAUGUGGCGGUUUUAUUCACGAGUGCUGUACCGCCGCUAAUUUUUCUGUACCUAACUCUGAAUGGUAUGGGACCGAACAAACCGUGGACUAGUAAGAAUAAUGCUAUGUGGUGGCAUGGAGCUUGGGGAUUUUUUGGAAUACAGUCGGUUUGUAGCAUCAUAUUUCUCAUUGGUAUGCACUACCCCGACAACUCCUUAUCACGGAGAAUAAGGACAGAUGUUUACCUUUUGGGAAUACUGACUAUCAUAUAUGAUGUCUGUGUGCAGAUAUUAAAGGCAGUGAAUGUGAGUUCAGUUGAUAAACAAGGAAGUAAGGAGACUAAUAGGACAAUGGACACUCUCAACACAUUCCUCUAUUCUUCCUCCCAGGUCAUAUUUGCAUUCCUUGGAGAUGGAUACCUCAAAACAUAUUCCCAAUUUGAGCAUGAUAGAGAUAAAUGGCCUACCAAACACUAUGGUGUGUUAAGAGCAUUCUGGUACUGGACUUGGAACACAAACAAGGUGGCGAUAAAAAGUGUUGGGACUGCCUUUACCAGAGAUGUUAGAGCUCAAAUUGUUGUUAAAAAUGAAGCUCUCUUUAUUUUAUAUACUGAUGAAACUGAUAAUAGUAGAAAACCUCCUAUGACGAAAAAUCCUACAGUAAUGAAGAUUGUUUAUGACAUAUAA